CGUGGCAGAAGGUUGUACGGGUUAAUUCAGUCGAGAAUGUUCCUGCUUCCAGGGUUUUCACUAGCUUAGCAUUGCUGGACCAUUUCAGUGUCACGCCCAAUUAAUACAUCUAAUAGUCAUUAAACAUCUGAGAUUUGAGAAGCUGUCAGAAUGACUGACUCAAAGUACUUCACCACGAACAAAAAAGGUGAGAUAUUUGAACUGAAGGCCGAACUGAAUAAUGAGAAGAAGGAGAAGAGGAAAGAGGCGGUGAAGAAAGUCAUCGCAGCUAUGACAGUGGGCAAGGAUGUCAGUUCCUUAUUUCCAGAUGUGGUGAACUGCAUGCAGACUGAUAACCUGGAGCUGAAGAAACUGGUCUACCUGUACCUUAUGAACUAUGCCAAGAGCCAGCCUGACAUGGCCAUCAUGGCCGUUAACAGCUUUGUCAAGGACUGUGAGGAUCCAAACCCACUGAUCCGAGCUCUGGCUGUGCGCACUAUGGGCUGCAUCCGUGUGGAUAAGAUCACAGAGUACUUGUGUGAGCCUCUACGGAAGUGUUUGAAGGAUGAAGACCCCUAUGUGAGGAAGACUGCAGCAGUGUGUGUGGCCAAGCUGCAUGACAUAAACGCCCAGAUGGUGGAGGACCAGGGCUUCCUGGAUUCUCUCAGGGACCUGAUCGCUGACUCCAACCCCAUGGUUGUGGCUAACGCAGUUGCUGCUCUUUCUGAGAUCAGUGAAUCACACCCCAACAGCAACCUUCUGGAUCUGAAUCCUCAGAACAUCAACAAGCUCCUGACGGCCCUCAAUGAGUGCACUGAGUGGGGCCAGAUCUUCAUCCUGGACUGCCUGUCCAAUUACAACCCCAAAGACGAGCGUGAGGCCCAGAGUAUCUGUGAGCGUGUGACCCCACGUCUCUCUCAUGCUAACUCGGCCGUGGUGCUGUCGGCGGUGAAGGUACUGAUGAAGUUUCUGGAGCUCCUGCCCAAAGACUCGGACUACUACAACACCCUGCUGAAGAAGCUCUCCCCUCCCCUCGUCACGCUGCUGUCUGGGGAGCCGGAGGUGCAGUAUGUGGCCCUCAGGAACAUCAACCUUAUUGUGCAGAAACGGCCUGAAAUCUUGAAGCAGGAGAUCAAAGUGUUCUUUGUCAAGUAUAAUGACCCCAUCUAUGUCAAGCUGGAGAAACUGGACAUCAUGAUCCGCCUGGCCUCUCAUGCUAACAUUGCUCAGGUGUUGGCUGAACUGAAGGAAUACGCCACUGAGGUGGAUGUAGACUUUGUUCGUAAAGCAGUUCGUGCUAUUGGCCGUUGUGCCAUUAAAGUAGAGCAAUCAGCUGAGCGUUGUGUUAGCACCCUGCUGGAUCUCAUUCAGACCAAAGUCAAUUACGUGGUACAAGAGGCCAUUGUGGUCAUCAGGGACAUCUUCCGCAAAUACCCCAACAAGUAUGAGAGCAUAAUUGCCACUCUGUGUGAAAAUCUGGACUCUCUGGAUGAACCUGAUGCUCGUGCUGCCAUGAUCUGGAUUGUGGGUGAAUAUGCUGAGCGGAUUGACAACGCCGAUGAGCUCCUGGAGAGUUUCCUCGAGGGCUUCCAUGAUGAAAGCACUCAGGUCCAGCUGACUCUCCUGACAGCCAUUGUGAAGCUUUUCCUGAAGAAGCCCUCAGAGACUCAGGAGCUGGUUCAGCAGGUGCUUAGUCUGGCUACUCAGGACUCUGAUAACCCUGACCUGCGUGAUCGUGGCUACAUCUACUGGCGGCUGUUGUCCACCGACCCUGUGACCGCUAAAGAGGUGGUGCUAUCUGAGAAGCCUCUGAUCUCUGAGGAAACGGACCUGAUUGAACCCACUCUACUGGAUGAGCUCAUCUGCCACAUCGGCUCGCUAGCCUCUGUGUACCACAAACCCCCCAAUGCCUUUGUGGAGGGAAGCCACGGCAUUCACCGCAAACACCUGCCCAUCCAGCAUGGCAGUAUUGACACCGGAGAGAGUCCGGUCAAUGCCGGCCCGACUGCUUCCAUCGAUCAACCUCAAGUCAUCCCGUCUCAGGGUGAUCUCCUGGGAGACCUGCUUAAUCUGGACCUCGGUCCCCCUGUCAACGUUCCUCAGGUGUCCUCCAUGCAGAUGGGCGCUGUGGAUCUCCUUGGAGGUGGUCUUGACAGUCUGCUCGGCGGAGAUCUGGGAGGAGGUGUUGGGGGCAGUCCUGCAGUGGGCCAGAACUUCAUCCCAUCCUCAGUGCCCAACACAUUUGCACCGUCUCCUACACCUGCUGCUCUCAGCAGUGGACUCAAUGACCUGUUUGAGUUGUCAUCAGGAAUGGCCAUUUCUACAGGAGGUUAUGUGGCACAGAAAACUGUAUGGUUGCCAGCAGUUAAGGCCAAAGGGCUGGAGAUAUCUGGAACCUUCUCUCGGCGUCAAGGCCACAUGUACAUGGACAUGUCCUUCACCAACAAAGCCCUGCAGCACAUGACUGAUUUUGCCAUUCAGUUCAACAAGAACAGUUUUGGAAUGAUUCCCACUACACCUCUCCCCAUUCACACACCACUGAUGCCCAGUCAGAGCAUCGACAUCUCUCUCCCUCUCAACACCAUCGGGCCUGUGAUGAAAAUGGACCCACUCAACAACCUACAGGUGGCUGUGAAAAACAAUAUUGAUGUGUUCUACUUCAGCACGUUGAUUCCUCUUAGCAUCUUCUUUGUGGAAGAUGGCAAAAUGGAGCGUCAGGUGUUUUUGGCUACAUGGAAAGACAUUCCAAAUGAGAACGAACUGCAAUACCAGAUCAAAGACUGCCACUUAAAUGCAGAUACGGUGUCAGGCAAACUGCAGAACAACAACAUCUACACCAUUGCCAAGAGGAACGUGGAAGGCCAGGACAUGCUGUACCAGUCGCUUAAACUCACAAAUGGUAUCUGGAUACUCGCUGAACUCCGCAUACAACCUGGCAAUCCCAAUUACACGCUCUCUCUGAAAUGCAGGGCUCCAGAGGUGUCUCAAUAUGUGUACCAGAUGUAUGAUGCCAUUCUGAAGAACUGAAGCUCUCUAUCCUCCUCUGCGCCCUGUACCUAUAUGCCCCCUCCCCCCAGCCAACCACCACCAUUCCCAUCGUCCAGGAUCCAGUUUUCCAGCUUUCCAUGUUUUUGCCAUUGUAGUCAGUCCAUCCUUAGGUACAAGUUUAUUCCACUGUGCCCAGUAUGUGAGAAUCAACUACAUGUUCUGUUUUAGGCAAAUAUCUUGAUGUUGAAAAAGUGUAGAAGGGGAAUUUUGGUGCACAGUGUCAGUGCAAUUAUAUGUUUUUCACUUUAAUUGUAUAAUGCUUUGUCAGUGCUUCACCUGUGCCUACACAUGCCCUGUAUUUGCCUAUUAGAUUGUUUCAGUGGGGGAAAAGGUACGAGUUGAAUAAUUAUACAACAUUGAGCAUACAUGUCUUCAGGCUGGAUGAGAACGUAGCAAAGCAAGUGUCUGACUUAAAGGCACUUCCGGAAAUGUGAUAUGGAUGUUCUUUGGAUGUUUGAAUGGUAACCACUCGAAUGCCACUCUAUUUUGUAUUUCUCAAAAAUAAUUGUUACAUGUGCAUUCUGCCAUUAUUUGCUUUUGUUUCGUUCUCUGAUGUGCUACAAUGUUGGUUCAUACAGGUGAAAACAAUGCAUUAAUAAUUUGCCAGAUAUUUCAAAUUAGCUUUGCAUGGACUGUCCAGUGUAAACGUGCCACAUUCCUAAUAACGUUUUAUGGUAACUUGUUCAGCUUACCCACUUGAAUUAACUCCAUCUAUUGUUAUACAUUCUUCAAACAGGUGUCGAUCAGUUUAAUGUGAUGGUAAAGAAAAAUAUUCCAAACUUAUUUUAUGUCAGUCUUAUGUAAGUGGUUCAACUAAUAUUAAUUCCCAGAUGGGUUCCAUUCAAAUGUGAUGUAUUGUGCUUGUAAAAGUAGGAUGUUUUCCCAGAGGUUUUGUGCAGAACUGAACUAUGCUUUGUAUAUUUUUGUCUCCUGUUGAGUUGAGCAUUUUCUGCUUGGUUUUCCUAAAACAUCACGAUUAGUCUUCAUGGUGGUGCUGGUGACUAAAUGUGAACUUAAAUAUUUGUUGCCAUAGAUGCUAAUGUGCCUGUGAACCUGCAUGUAAGCAGUGUCCAAUAAACGUCUGCCAGUAGAACACUUCACUGUAUAUGAAGCAGAAAUAUGAACCCUCCUAUUAGUACAUUUAACCUUUAUAUUUGUGUGUUUUGUUUCAGUGAUUGCCAUCUAUAAAUUUUUUAUUAUAUUGCUGAUGUGACCAUAGUGCAUAUGAACUAAGAAAUCUCCUCUAGGUUCGAACUAUGGAUUGUUCAAAAUAAUUCAAAAUAAAGACAGCUGUGUUGGCCU